AUUCAGCCGCCAGUUGGAAGAACCCCUUAAAGCCCCAAAGUUCGGGACAGCAGCAACAAGUGUAUGCCAAACGGUUACACCACCAUUUUGACCGUGCAAACAGUUUCAAAGUUAAACCAGAGAACUGCCGAUUAUGGCAUAUAGCCUGACCGCAAACUUGCGAAGUCGCAAACGCGAAAAGUCAAUCAAAGGCAGCGACGAUAUCGGAAGUGGGACUGCGCGGAUUAUGGACAAGGAAACAAGCGAGGCGAGCAUUAUUAACCCUCACAUUGACAAUACCCAGCAGACCAUAAUGACAUCUGGGAAGGAAGGUCAGGACUUGAUGUCCAGUCGACGCACAGUUAGCGAAAGCUCCUCCGAAGAGCCUGAACGUGUAGGAAUCAACGCAUCAAACGGAAACAGCAACGGAAUGUGGCGCAAUGAGCUAAAGAUUGGCGCCGAAAGUUCAUCCGCACAGCCAGAGAAGCAGCAGCAGGUGCAACACUCCAGAUUUCGACACCGGAAUGAGAGAUUUAGCGAUAUGGUUGAUAUAGUUCUUCGCUUUGCCUUCGUCGCUAUCUUUUUCAAACUGGAGACAAUGUCGGCCUUCAAGCGGGAAAUACACGCCGAGGAGCUGUGGCUGUACAAGAAUCCCAGGCGUCCGGACAUCGUCAAGGGCGGGGAGCUGCUAUUCUGGGUGAUUGUGGCUCCGCUAAUUGUGACCGUUGUCUUCUAUGUGUUUACCAAGGACAAGCGAGACUUUCGUGCCGCCAGUUGGGCCUGGACCCUGGCCCUAUGCAUGAACGGCCUUCCCACGAGUAUGCUGAAAAUCACAGUCGGCCGACCCAGGCCAGACUUUUUCUAUCGCUGUUUUCCCGACGGCUUAAUGGUGUUGAACUCUUCGAUCAUCUCGGAUAGUAGUUCCAUUUUGGAUUUCAAUUGUACUGGAAUUACGAGUGACAUAAACGAGGGUCGCAAGAGCUUUCCCAGCGGACACUCGUCCUUUGCCUUUGCCAGCUUUGGAUUGAUUGCCUACUAUGUGGGCGCGAAGCUGCAUGCUUUUGAUGCCCGAGGACGCGGCCACACCUGGCGUCUGUGCAUUGCUGUGAUUCCGCUGAUCAUCGCCACUCUGGUGGCGGUAAGUCGCACCUGCGACUACCAUCACCACUGGCAGGAUGUGACUGUGGGUGCCAUCAUUGGUCUCCUUACAGGCUAUAUCAGCUAUAGACAAUAUUAUCCAUCCAUUUUUGGGCCCCAGGCAGGCACCCCGUCGAUCCGUUGGCCCAGGACACAGGGAAAUAAAUAUAAUAAGCACAGGGCCGCAGAUGAUAUUGGGGCUGGCGGAGAUAUGCUACGAAGGCCGCUGCUCGGUGGCAAAGAACAGACCAAAUGGUACUAAAACUACUUCUUUCAAUUGCAAAGCUUUACGUAUUAUGUAGUUCAAUUAUUGCUCUUCCCCUAAGCUCUUUUUAAAUUAUAUCGAACCACUGUCAUUGAAGCUGUAUUCCCAUAAGCCUGUAAUUAUUGUACACAUUAUUGUUAAUCCCGGAAUGGAGAGGGAGGGGUUUGUUUACCUCUAAAUGGGUAGGUGUAGUCAUAUUUAAAUAAAUAAAACAGACAAGUCACGUCAUUUACUAAAAGUAA